GUACCCCCUCAAUAUUUGCUUCGUGCGGUACAAUCGCGAAAAGUUCGGCCCCUUCCACCCUGAGCAGACGGCAGUUCCAGCCACCGGCAAGGCGUCCGAACCCAUCUACAGAGCGGACAAGGCACCGUCCGAGCUACAGUACUGGGAACUCCACCAAGCCAUCGUGGAAACAUACAUGCGGGGCUACGACCCGCAGGACUUCUUCGGCGUCCCCAUCCCCGUCGUUACGCACAUCCUGGGGUUCAGGAGCGCCGAGGCCAUCCACGACCCCGACACCUCCGACACCGCCCACCCUGGCACCGAAGGGUACCCUGCCAUCCGCGCAAACGAUAUCGACGAGAGCGUUGGACAC